GCUGCCACUCCAGCUCUGGCUCCUCGCUCUGUGGAGGGGUGGGGACACCAGGCAGCCCUGCUCGAACGAGGGAACGACCGCAGUGCCCACGCGACUUGCUCCGGACAAGCCCAGGCGGGGCCUCACUCACGUCCCACUCUGAGUUCAAAUGUCCUCCACCUGGAACAUACCCAUGUUCGUGUCUGUCCAUGAGGGCUCUGUGCCUACCACGGCCUCUUUCAGCGCUGACAUGCUCAACCUCACCUCGCAAGUGCCUGCUCUUAACGAGGGCAACAGCUGCCACCAGCUGCAAGAGUGGCUCAGCUGGCUCAACACCAUCCAGGCCCCCUUCCUCUGGGUUGUGUUCGUGCUGGCUGCCCUCGAGAACAUCUUUGUCCUCAGUGUCUUCUGCCUGCACAAGAGCAGCUGCUCCGUGGCGGAGAUCUACCUGGGGAACCUGGCCGCGGCAGACCUGGUCUUGGUGUGCGGGCUGCCCUUCUGGACCAUCACCAUCGCCAACAACUUCGACUGGAUCUUUGGGGAGGUGCUGUGCCGGGUGGUGAACGCCAUGAUCUACAUGAAUCUGUACAGCAGCAUCUGCUUCCUGAUGCUGGUGAGCAUCGACCGCUACCUGGCUCUGGUGAAAACCAUGUCCAUGGGCCGGAUGCGCGGGGUGCGCUGGGCCAAACUCUACAGCCUGGUAAUCUGGGGGUGCACGUUGCUCCUAAGCUCACCUAUGCUGGUGUUCCGGACUAUGAAGGAUUACAGAGACGAGGGCUACAACGUCACCGCCUGCAUCAUCAGCUACCCGUCCCGCACCUGGGUGGUGUUCACCAACAUCCUGCUGAACACCGUGGGCUUCCUGCUGCCUCUGAGCAUCAUCACCUUCUGCACCGUGCAGAUCAUGCAGGUGCUGCGGAACAACGAGAUGCAGAAGUUCAAGGAGAUCCAGACGGAGAGGAGGGCCAUGGUGCUGGUGCUGGCCGUGCUGCUGCUGUUCGUCAUCUGCUGGCUGCCGUUCCAGAUCAGCACCUUCCUGGACACGCUGCUGCGCCUCCGUGUCCUCUCCAGCUGCUGGGACGAGCACAUCAUCGACAUCCUCACGCAGGUCAGCUCCUACAUGGCCUAUAGCAACAGCUGCCUCAACCCGCUGGUGUACGUGAUCGUGGGCAAGCGCUUCCGGAAGAAGUCUCGGGAGGUGUACUGCGGACUGUGCCAGAAGUGGGGCUGCAGGUCAGAACCCACCCAGAUAGAGAACUCCAUGGGCACGCUGCGCACCUCCGUCUCCGUGGAGCGCCAGAUCCACAAACUUCAGGACGGGGCGGGGAGCAGGCCGUGAGCUGACGCCACCAGGGCUACUGUUCAUUCGUGUGAGGACUGACAGACAGUGGCUGUUCAGCGUGGGCCAGGAAGGCAGAGAAAGCAUCCCGUGCAUGACCUUGGGCAAUGAGUCGGUGUCUCCAGAAAACACAGGAGAGGAAUUCCUGUCCUGCCCAAUUGCAGUAAGCAGGGCUAUGAGGAUGUGGUGGCCUCGUGCACAAACACGACGGCAUUAUCAUUCCCAUUUGCUGCCACACUGGACCCAGCCUGCUGCUCCCCGGGAGUGGAGGGGGCCAGGGGCCUGGGGGCAGGGACAGGAAUGUCUGAGCUUCCCUCGCUGCCCCCGUAAGACUGCUCGGAUCCCCAGGAGAACUGCCGCCCCAGCUUCGGUGCGGUGGCCGAGUGCACAGGCGCGGCCUGGCUGAGUUACUGCCCUGGGUCUCUUUAAUCCACCCAGCUCGGACUUUGUAUUAAUGAAGGUUAAACUCUGAAGAAUCCCUGGUAAGAACCUGGAGACAGGAUUCUGUGGGUCUCCUCACCAGUGGACAAGGUGGUCUGUGCAAGCGAAGAACCCAAUAAGCACUUAUAGAGCACUUUCUGUAUACGCAGCAUUGAAUGCCUUAGGCAAGAGGGAAGAAAGAGAAGACAGUCUCUGUCUUCAAGGAACUAGAAAACCAGUGUGGGGAUGACUGGGCUCUGGAGCCACCAGCAGGCUGUUCUAUCACGUGUCAACCAAGGCAUAUGGGCGGUACAGAGAGCAGAGGGGCCAAGGAGCCCACGGUCCCAGCGCAGCUGAUAGCUACUUGCACAAUCACCUCGUCCCUUCCUCAGUUUCCCCUUCUGUAACAUGAGGUGGUUGUGAGGAUUAAAAGAAGCUAUAGGCAUAAAAGUACUUAGAAAAUCGAAAGGUGCUGUGUAAAUGUGAGGCAUUAUGAUGCACAUGGAACUGGGAUAAAUGUAUUAUAAGGAAAAGACACUGAGGUUUAGAAACAGCUCUGCAGAGGAGAAUCAGUGCUGGACGCCGGUGGUGGUGUGAAGCUUCUGUCCCCAACGCCCCGGCUGUGGCCUGGUGCGGUCCCCGGCCUGUUAGAAGACAGGCGCCGUUCACUGCCUGAGCUCCGCGCCACCUUCCCCCAACCCAAGACACCCCACCCGACCCGGGUCCACGGAAAAAUUGUCUUCCAUGACACUGGUCCCUGGUGCCAAAAAGGUUUGGGGACCGCUGGACUGUAAAGCGCCUGUCUGUGUCUGGCACACAGCAGGUGCUCAAUUCCGUAGCCCCCUCCCGCCUUCCCUUCCCGUCACCCUGAGCCCCUGCCCGCACGCGCACGCAGGCGCUGGGGAGAAGGCCCCCUGCACCGUCUGCUGUGUGAUGACACGGAGGGAUUUCUGACCAGACUGCUCGGGAUUGCUCCUGUCUCAGCGGCCAAGGGGCCAGUCAAUGGUUUGAGGGUGGCCCAGUGUGACCCCAAGAAGAGUGAGUAGGAAGCAGUGGGGGUUACCUAAAGGCGAGGCCGGUGUCUGGGCUGGGUAGUCUGAGCGCAGGCACACGCGACCUUGACAAAGGGCUCUGGGGACAAGGCCCCCACACGAUGAGCAUGACCGGGCUAAACAGAGACCCCCAAGCGGCUGCCCAGCCAUCCAUUUCCCACCGAACCCACCACGGGGUGGGCACGGCUCCGCGCGGCUCUGCCCCGGGCCAGGUGUCCUGCUGGACCAGCGUGCUUGGCCUUGCCCCAAGCCCCAGCUCCUCCCUGGGGAAUUUCUUCCUUCUUCUACUCGUCUCUAUAAACUGCCUGCUGCGGCCAGCGCUGUGCCAAGCCCCGCGGGGCGGUGCAGAGGCACGUACCACCCAAGCCGCUUAGAACAAGGUCGCUGGGGGGCAUCCCACGCGGCAGCGCCCGGCGGCACCGCUCACUCGGUGAGUGAGUAUUCAUUAGCUGCCUGGCUCUCUCCGGAGAGGCUGCACCCUGGAGGGCGAGGGGGAUUUGGAUGGCUAAGAGCCCAUACGCCCUGACCCAUCCAACUCUGAAUUUUAAAACAAAAAGAGUCAAAGGAUUCCCUCCCCACCGUACCCUUUUUCCCCCACCAGCCACAUCCCUCUGCCCUGAUUCGCGGACACACUUGUAGCUGGAGAGAGAAGACAGAAUAUUUAGUACUAGGUUGAAGCCAAGCGAUGUCCACAUCGUGAACGAAAGACAGGAGGCUGCUGUGUGGCACUGGCAGUCGUUCAAGGGCGGAGCGGGGUGGUCUGAGGGUCUCCCAGGAGCAGAGCUACCCUCUGGUGGUCACGUGGGGUCCGCGAGUGGUCUGAGGUGCAACUGAGUCUGCAGGAGGGGAGCCCUGUGCUGUGCUGAUGCCCUGACAAAGGGCGUGGUCCUGUGACAGACCCCAAGAGCUGUUACAUUUAUAACAAAUGAGAAAAUGGAUGAACCGUGAAAACGUGUCUUUUCUGUACGGCAUAAUAAAUGGAUGAGGAGUUUUUGCA